GGUAUUUAGGUCACUGUAACACUUAACAAAGACACCGCACCGCGGCCAUUUGUUUACAAAAUUUCAUUUCGAAGAUGUUCGGAUAAGUUUUCGCUUUAAAGAUGAUGAAUGCAGAGACAAGGGAGAAAACUGGUGCAGUUCCUCUUCCGGCAACAUCCGGUCCUCGUCCGUACCGUUGUGAUAUCUGCCAGAGGUCGUUCAGAGAGGUCGCCACAUUACGAAAGCACGAGCAGCUUCAUCGUGCCGAUCGGCCCUAUAUCUGUACAACAUGCGGAAAAUCUUUUCUGUGGUCAUCAAACCUGAAGGUGCAUGAACGUGUUCACACAGGCGAGAGGCCAUAUAAAUGUAAAAUAUGUCAUAGAUGUUUCACACAGUCAAAUGAUUUGAGAAGACAUGAGAGAAAUGUACAUAUGCGAGGCAAGUUGUACAGUUACAAAACACCUGUUGGACGUCCGGUCCCGCCUGCGGCCCCAAAUCCAGGACAGAUGAAUUUAGCGGCUUAUCAAGCAUUUGCUCUUCAGCAACGAGCCAUUUUACAACAUGCUUUAACAUACGAAAGUAUAAUGCAGAAUUCAGUUGCUAUGACAACUGCAUCCCACUACCUCCAGCACACAGACCGGUCACUAGCCAGUUUGUCUGCGAUGAACGAUAAUGAUGUAAGUACCGUAUCUACCUCAGCUAAUGGUGCACACUCAAGCCAUGACAAACAAGAAGACCUUGAUCUACCUCAUAACGAUGAUCGUCCUCUAAAAUUAGAACAGGUAACGCCACCUCCUGGCAGUCAUCUACCGUAUGACAGACAGGAACAACGUAACAAUGAUGACACUCACAGCCCAGGUCAGUCACGUUACUCACCUGCGUCAAACAAAACACACUCACCAACUACAAUGUCAGCUACCUCACCGUACGCAAACAUGAACGGACACAAUGGUUCUCAGUUAGAAUCUCCAGAAAGGAAGAAAGAUGACCGACCUUACUCCCAGGAAUCCCAUGCUUCAGAAUAUCCCAAGUACUUCAACUACCCGGACCAGCAUGCAGCACUACAGCGCAGCUAUCACUCUGCAUUCAACUCCACACACAACCACUCGGACAGUGUCAUGGACCUGCGAGUAAACAAGUCUCUAUCUAGCGUAGAGUCAGAAGAUGGCGAACUUGAUUGGAAGGCCAGAAACUCUUCAACACUGUCGUCAAAGAGUCCGGAUUCCGAGUCCGAGAGUGAUUCUAAAAGAGAUGUGACGACGACGUCGUAUACACCGACUGUGGAUUCAGGGAUUCACCAUUGUCAGCAUUGUAACAUCUUUUUUCACGAUUUCACCAUGUACAAUCUGCACCAGAGUCUUCACUCACCGGUUGACGAGGACCCGUUCAUGUGUCCGUCUUGUCUGAAGAGAUGUCAGGAUCGGAUAGAGUUCAUGUUUCAUAUAGUCUGGCACGUAAAGUAUCCGCACACUAUACCGAAAUAUCAGUCGUUUAAAGAGAGCUACCUGAUCACUGAACCGGAUGAUAAUGAUGUAGAUCACAACGCUGACUAAAUUAUCCAAGCUGGCCAUGUUGAAUGUUGGGUUACACAGACGAUUGUUGCAGGUAUUGUUACAAGAUAGUUUACAUCAAGCAGGUAUUUUACCAGGUGUUUGUUGUCAGUGUGUAACAGAGCUGGUGGUUUUUUUUAAAUUUUAUUUUUGAUAUAUGUAAAAUGUGAUGACGAUGACUACCUCCUUAUAAUAAAAAACCUUUAUAUAAAUAUACAAUGUAAAAUGUGUACAAAGAAAUCUUAGAAAUCAAUUUCUUGAUACUGAAGUCAUGUGUUAGCUAAAUUUUAAAUUUGUUGAAUUUUUAUUUGAUCAGAAAAAAAUUAAUUUGUGUUAAAUAAAGAAAUUCAAAAUUUAUUUGAAGAAUUAAUUCAUACUGAAUAAAAAAGUGUGAUUUGUAAUUAUUUAGAAAGUUAUAUUUUUGAUUCAUCGACAAAUGUAAAUGAUAUAUCUUAAAUCUAUAGGUGUAAACAGAUAGCUGAAGUUAAACUUGUGAGAUGUUUUUGUUUUGUUAUAAAAUCUUUUUCUUCUAAGUGAUAUAUAUUUUGAUUUAAUCUGGACACAUGAUGACUCAAACAUUACUUCACAAUUAUAACUGUCCCCCAGUCAUUAACUUUAUAUAUUUGUCUACAACAUGGACAUGUAUGUAGUUAUAUUUACAUCUCGUACGUUUCUCUUUAGUUAUUUUGUUAAUUACCUGAUAUUACGAUCGACAGGUACUUGCUUAAUUACCUCGUUGUCUGUGUAUAUUCAAUGUAACAUUGUUUAAUAAAUAAAUAAAACAUGGUGCGAUGAUUUAGGGAAGGAUUGAAGGUGGCGACGUUUAAUGUCGUACAAGGUCACGGUCACUCGGAAGUUUUCAUUACUUGAUAAUGAUCUACCUCAAAA